ACGUGAAGAUUGGACAUGAAGCCAGUGAUGAGAAACCAUUCAGCAGUAACAACGUUCAUCAUACUGGGUUUGACAGAUGACCCACAACUGGAGAUUCUGGUUUUUGUCUUUCUGUUGAUCGCAUAUAUGUUCAGUAUGAUUGGGAAUUUGACCAUAAUUUCUCUGGUCUUGGUGGAUUCUCAUUUAAAAACAGCUAUGUAUUUUUUCCUUCAAAAUUUCUCUUUCUUAGAAAUCUCAUUCACAACUGCCUGUGUGCCCACCUAUCUGCACAUCAUAUCAAGUGGGGACAAAACCAUCACCAUCAGUGCCUGCUUCAGCCAAAUCUUUUUUGUCCUCUUUGGAGCUACAGAAUUUUUCCUCUUGGCAGUGAUGUCUUAUGACCGCUACGUGGCCAUCUGCAAACCCCUGCAUUACAUGAGCAUCAUGAACAGCAGAGUCUGUAGGAAUCUCAUCCUCUGUUGCUGGGUAUCUGGCUUAUUGAUUAUCCUUCCACCCCUUGGCCUGAGCCUCCAUUUAGAAUUCUAUGACUCUGUUAUUGACCAUUUUCUUUGUGAUGCUUCUCCAAUCCUGAAGAAUUCCUGUUCAGAUACAUGGUUCAUAGAGCAGCUGGUUAUAGCCUGUGCUGUGUUGACCUUCUUGGUGACCCUUGUGUGUGUCGUUCUGUCCUACAUAUACAUCAUCAGGACGGUCCUAAGAUUCCCUUCUGCCCAGCAAAGGAAAAAAGCCUUUUCCACCUGUUCUUCCCACAUGAUUGUGGUUUCCAUGACCUAUAGCAGCUGCAUCUUUAUGUAUAUCAAACCAUCAGCCAAAGAUGAAGUGGCCAUAAUAAGGGAGUAUCUCUGCUCCCCUAUAUCUGUUGCCCCUUUGUUGAACCCCUUCAUUUAUACUCUGAGAAAUAAACAAGUAAAGAAGUCUUUCCAUAACACUCUCAAAAGAUUUGUAUUUCAUUCAAAGAAGUAG